CGGCCCGAAUUCGACCGCGCCGAGGCCUGCCGUCUCCGGCGGGCGUCCCGCCUCCGCAGGAGCGGGUUCGAUGCGGGGUCGCGCGGCCCGGACGGAGCCCCCGCGGAUCUAGGGUUUCGGUGCUAGGGUUUACCGCAGGCGGUGGCGAUCGAUCCGGUGAUGGUGCGGCGCGGCGCCGGCAGCCGCCGAGGAGGGGUCGAUGCGGGGCCAUGCGCGGCGGUGAGCGGCCUCUCGUUCGGCACAUGUGGCCGGCAACUCGCGUAGAGGCAGAAGCAGCAGCUCCAGCUUCGGCACGCGGACCUCCUCCUCCCGCCCCUUCCGGUUCGUGUGCCCCCCUUACACCGCUGACAACAUCCCACCCUCCGGUGCCGACGACUCCCCCAGCCACGCCGCGAAAGCAGCAGCAGCAGGUCGUCCGUUCUCCGCCUCCGGUGUCACCUGACGACUUCUUCGUAAAGGACGGACGGGAGAUUCGAGUUGGUGACUGUGCUCUUUUUCGUGCUAUUGAUCUCCCUCCUUUUGUUGGAUUGAUACGUUGGAUUGAGAAGCAGGAAGAAAGCAAUCCCAAGCUACGCGUAAGUUGGCUAUAUAGACCUGCUGACGUCAGGCUCAACAAGGGGAUACAACUGAACGCUGCCCCAAACGAGGUCUUCUACUCUUUCCACCAGGACGAGACAUCUGCUGUCUCACUGCUCCAUCCUUGUAAAGUUGCCUUUCUACGCAAAGGUGCUGAGCUGUCAUCUGGGAUUUCUUCAUUUGUAUGUCGGCGUGUGUAUGAUAUUGACAACAAGUGUUUAUGGUGGCUUACCGACAGAGAUUAUAUUAAUGAACGACAGGAAGAAGUAAAUCGGCUCCUAGACAGAACGAGGCUAGAAAUGCAUGGUGCUGUGCGGUCAGGUGGGCACUCACCAAAGCGGCCAAAUGUUCUGUCAGCUUCCCAGCAAUUGAAGGCUUGUUCAGACGGUGCUCAAAAUUGUGGCCCAUCUAAAGGGAAGAAGAGGGACAGAGGCGAGCAAGGGAUUGAUCAAGCUAAACGAGAUAGUGAUUGUCCUCUUAAGGUUGAUGACAGUGAACCUGGAAAUGUUAAGGGGGACAAUAUGAAGUCUGAAAUUGCAGAGAUAACAGAAAAGGAUGGACUUCCUCAUGCUGAAGCAGUCGACAAGCUAGUUCAAUUCAUGCAACUUGAUCAAAUUGAGCGUAAAAUGGACCUUGCUGGCCGAGUAAGGCUUGCUGAUAUUAUUGCAGCUACAGAAAGUCCUGAUUGCCUUAGCAGGUUUAUGCAACUAAGGGGCCUCCCGGUCUUGAACGAUUGGCUUCAAGAAACUCACAAAGGGAAGUCUGGUGAAGGGGGUAGUCCUAAAGAAACUGAUAAGCCUACUGAAGAACUUAUCCUGGCCCUGCUUCGUGCACUAGCAAAAUUGCCUAUCAGCCUGACUGCGUUACAAAGCUGCAGUAUUGGGAAAUCCGUGAAUCAUCUGCGCAGCUAUAAAAAUCCGGAGAUACAGAGGAAGGCUAGGUAUCUUGUUGAUAGCUGGAAGAAGCGUGUUGACGCUGAAAUGAAGUCAACUGAUGCAAAAUCUGUAGUGUCAGGUCAAGCUGUUUCCUGGUCAGGGAAAGUAGGGUUCCCAGAAAUUUCUAGUGCUGGUAACGGACGAAGUGGCUCAAGUGAGCCCAGUCCGAAAAGUGCAGGGUUCCAUCUUUCUUCGCCGAAGGCUUUGAGUGCUACAUCUGGUGCUGCUGAUGCCGUUGCAAAGUCAAAUCCUUUCACAUCUGGCUCUUCAAAAUUACAACACAUGCAACCAGCAAAUGCUGCAACCAACUUAAAGGACCCACCAUGCAAAUCAGCUGCUGGGACUUGUGGCCCUGAUAUUCCUGCAGUGAAAGAGGAGAAAAGUUGCAGUUCAAGCCACUCACUGAAUAAUAGCCAGUCAUGCUCUAGUGAUCCUGGAAAAACAGUUGGUUCUUUGAAGGAGGAUGCACGGAGCUCAACUGCCAUUUCAGCUAGUGCUAGUAAAAUUUCUGCACGUGGCCAUCGAAGGGCAAACAAUGGGCUUCUUGGUUCUGGAUUCCAGAAGGAAGCUGCUUUGGGAAGGUCCAGCCAAGGUGAUCAUUCUUUAUUGCAGGAAAGAUCAUCACAAUCUGGCUUGGUAUGUGAGAAAGGAGCUGACACACCUCACAUUAACAAUCAUAGAUUGGCUGUUCGGUUUCCAAAACCAAGUUGUAGCCCUGGUAGGAGCACAAGUGGGGGCUCUUGUGAGGAGCCAUCAGUUUCUGGGAGUAGAGCUUCGUCUCCUGUUAACGCAGAUAAGCAUGAACAGAAUGAUCGUAGGGUGAAAAUGAAGGUUGAAACUUCUCAGGUCCAUUUAGGUUCUGAUGCUAAUGCUGAGCCUGAACGAAGCAAUGAUACUAAAAGAAUUGCAGGUUCUGAGGAAGGUGAUAAAUCACCUCGUGGUAUGCUGGAUGGUGACUGUAGCAGGACCGCUGAAGAAUCUGGUAAGGAUGCAUGUGCAUCACGAGUUGCAUGCUCGUCAAAUAUGGAUGAAAAAGACACCUGCUUAGGUGAAACCAGGGUGCAGAACUCGUUCAGUCCUUUGAAUGCUUUGAUUGAAAUCAAGUACUCCGAAGCUAGUCAUCCCAUGCAAGCUGGAGAUGAUACAGCAAUGAAUCUUCUUGCUAGUGUUGCUGGAGAAGUAUCUAAAUCUGAAUUGAUGUCAUCCGCUUCACCGACGAAUUCGUCUGCAAAUAAACAUGGGUACGAGGGCCAGAAUAUUCGGAAGCCACAAGUAGGGUCUGAUGAAGGCCCAUCACAGCACCUGUAUACAUCAGAUGAUGUUGAGAAAGUCAUCUCCGAGAAGGAAGACAAAAAUGAUGCUUCUUUGUCUGUAAAGGAGGAACAACGCUUGGGUAAUUCUGGAACUUGCUUAUCGUCUCAUGACAACAAGGGCACGGUGUCUACUAGUCCUCUACCUGGAAUAGAUUCUAAAGCUUUUGAAUCUUCUGUUAAGACUGCCAGCCAUGAAGUUGAGUAUAGAAACAAUGGUCCUCGUAUACAUUCUUCAGUUGAUUUACUUGGUGGUGGUGAUCAGACGCCAAAAGCCAGACAGCCAACUGAUAUUAAGAUUCAUGCAAAGUUCAAUAUCAGCAUUGCUGAUGUCGACACGGCAUCAGGCAGUCGAUGUAGUUUGGUUGCUCCAAAUAAAACAUUGCUCCCCUCUGGGGAAUCUUCUUUAUGUGGUGCUGAUAAACAAGGUCAAGGUUUAUUUAAAUCAUCAGACCAAACACAUCUUCAUGGUCUACCAGAUCACCUUGAAACCAUCAGAUCUACUGACAACAGUGCUGCUGGUAAAUUGGAUUUAAAGACUUCAUUCUCAUCUUCGGCUGUGGAUAUAAAAAAUGCUGAUGGUCUAGUGGUUUGCAAUAAAGUGCUGAAAGAGCAUGAGAAAAAAGAACAUCCUGCGUCCACUUCAGCUGAUUUUACCAAACCAGAUAUAUCAGUAGUGUUGCCACUUGGUGCAGCGAAUGGGAUAUCUGUGAUUAAAGAAUCAAAAGACUGUUCCAGUGAAUCAAGUAGUCAAGUAAAACAUCGCACUGUCAUGUCUCAGGAAACUGAGCAUACUGCAAGGCACAGUUCAAAGAAACCGAGUGAUGAAGUAGGUGGGAAAGAGGACAUUGUCUCAUCAGAUGAGGGUUCUUCUAUGGCUAACACCAACUCAAAUGGUACAGCUAAGCUUGAUUUUGAUUUGAAUGAACUUGGGGACGAAGGGAAUCACUCUGAGCCAGCUACCUCUACUGUUGUAUGUUCUUCUGCAAUUCAUUUACCUGGUCUUUCUCCAUUCGUCUCACCUAUUUUAAGUGGUCUGCCUGCCCAAAUAACAGUUGCUGCUCCAGCUAAAGGACCUUUUGUCCCUCCUGAGAACCUACUAAGAGUGAAGCCUGAGGCUGGGUGGAAAGGUGCAGCAGCUACAAGUGCAUUUCGUCCUGCGGAACCACGGAAGACUUUAGGGAUGUUUCUAAGUGCACCUGGUAGUGCAGUGUCUGAUGCUGCCGGGAGGCAAUCACGCCAAGCAUUUGACAUUGAUCUAAAUGUAGCAGAUGACCAAGUUCCAGAGGAAGACAUCUCACAGAUUUCUGCCAGGACAUUUGGUUCUGAAUCUGGCAACCCUAGAAGUCGCACUGGUCCUGUACGAAGUGCUGGCUUUGAACUUGACUUGAAUAUGGCUGGUGAAGUUGCAGAGAAUAACCAAAUUUUGUCAAAUGCUUCACACAGAGUUGAAGUCACAUUGUUGCCAUCAAGGCCGUUGCCAGAAGUUUUACCGAAUACUGAUACAAAUAGCUCGAGGAACUUCUUUGAUCUCAAUAACGGACCAAGCCUUGAUGAAGCUAGUACAGAACCUGCACAAAGGAGCCUAUCAUCUAAAGGCGCUAGCAGCAUACCAUUCCUACCUCAAGUUGCUGGCCUUAGAAUGAACAAUACUGAAAUUAGUAACAUGCCACCAUGGUAUGCUUCUGCCAACCCAUGCGGUCCCAUGGCUAUGCAGUCGUUUUUUCCUGCUAGAGAACAGCCUUACCCAAUUGAAACAGCACCUGGAACUCAGAGGAUCAUUGCGCCUACUGCAGAUGGCGGCCACUUUGGAAGUGAUUCCAGUAGGCCUCCAGUUAUCUCCACAUCGCCAGCAAUGGUCUUCCACCCUCCUGCAUAUCAGUAUGCAGGAUUUCCUUUUGCCCCCGGUGUUCACCUUCAAACAUCAGGGUUUCCAAUUGGAUCGGUGCCAUACGGCAAUUCUGCACCUGCAGGAGUUCCAUAUUUUCCAACCAUUGCUCCAUCAUUUGCUGGGUCAACAGGCGCAUUACCUGCCCAGCACGCAAGGCAGUAUGCAAUAAACCUUCCUGAAGGUAGCAGCAGUGAUGGACAUGACAGUAACUGGAAAUGGAGAAGACAGGGGCUUGAUCUUAAUUCUGGCCCUGGAAGUAUAGAUAUAGAAGGGAAAGACGAACGAGUACCUCUAUCGCUUAGGCAAAAUUUGAUCACACCGCCACAAGCGUUUGCGGAGGAGCAAGCAAGAAUGUUCCAAAUGGCGGGUGUAGGAAUAAAGAGGAAGGAACCUGAAGGCAGUUGGGAUGCUGAAAGAGCGUCAUCAUACAAACAACUAUCAUGGCAAUAAGAACUUCAAAGAGUUCUCCUUGCAGCGACUUCAGAGUCUGGUGAGCUUGGGCGACUGAGUGGGGUGUUGUAUUGCACCCGUUUGGGCGUGCUGAGAUGUACAAGUCACGUGGGUUCAUCUCCUUGAUGAUUUGAAUUGCGAGAGGAAAAAACUUUGCUGUAAUUGCUGUAAAUGUUAGUCAUAUCCAUACUUACCUGGAACAGUUUUGCUCAGCUUCAGCAGUUGCCUUGCUAGAGUUUCUGUACCUGCCAGGCUUGCUUCUAUUUUACCCAGGAGGGUAUGGCUUUGGAGAUGGAACGGUGAUUUGUCCUCGGCAUCUUCAAGCAUCUGAAACUGCUGUAAUUAGUUUCGGUCGGUUUGUUUUAAGUUCUUUUCUUCUUCUGAUAAACUGUUUUUACAUUGCUGAGGACAUCGGCAGUUUAACAUAUGAUUUAGAUGUGACAUGUAUUCCUGCUGGGAAGCGUUAUAACCGUAGAUCAGGAAGAAAUAAUUCGCCUCGA